AUGACGUCGAAUCAACUGGUCGUCGCCGCCGUGCUGUGGUGGUCGUGUGCCUCCGCCGCCACCACCGACGUCUUUCCCGGUGGCCAAGUCGCGUCUGCAGCCAACACCGCCGAAGGACUGUCCAGCCUGGCCGACAUUUCACGGAUAAUCGAAGCUCAAGGGUUGCUGCUGUCGUCCGGCAAGCCGUUCGACUUGUUGGAAGCUUGGAUGACCGGUGACGACGGUGGAGAUCCGGCCGAAGGUCGGGGGAAAAAACCCAAACCAGCGAUGAUGGCCAUGACGAUGGCCGGUGCGGCGGCCGCCAGCAUGCUGAUGAUGAAGGCCAUGGCCGCGAUCAAGCUAUUCAUCAUACACGCGUUUUUCGCCACAAAGCUGGGUCUGGUGGUCGGCGCCUACCUGUUGGCGAGCAAGCUGAUGGAAAUGAAACAGUCGCCGGCCAAGAAGUCGGUGCAGGUCAAGUGGGUGUCGGCGCCCGCGCACUUUGACGAACAUCCCCCGCCCAUGAUGUCCCACUACCCUGACGCCGGCCAGUCGUCUUACGAACCUCAACAGGAGCAGCAGCAACAGCAACAUCAACCCGCCGACCAGUACGGACCACCGCCGCAACAGCAACAGUACAUGUCGUCCGGAGACUUCAACGGCGGCGGUGACAUGCAGGCGCACUAUUCGUUCGUGAGUCCGGUCACGUACAGGCCGACCAUGGUCAACCGCAAUCAGUCGGACAACAUAGCCAAGUCCGGCAGAGUGAAGUCAUAA